AUGCUGGGCUUGAAAUACAUGUCGGGGUUUGGAAACGAACAUGUUUCUGAGGAUCCACGCUGUCCUGGAGCUUUACCAGAGGGACAGAACAACCCACAGAUCUGCCCCUAUGGCCUCUACGCAGAGCAGCUCUCGGGCUCGGCCUUCACCUGUCCCCGUCCCACCAACAGGAGGAGCUGGCUCUAUCGGAUCCUGCCCUCGGUCUGCCACAAGCCCUUCCAGCCCCUGCAGGAGGGACACUUGACACACAGCUGGGACGAGGUGGAGCCCGACCCCAACCAGCUGAGAUGGAAACCCUUCGAGAUCCCGAAAGCCCCCCAGAACAAGCUGGACUUUGUGAGCGGACUGCACACCUUGUGCGGCGCCGGAGAGCCCAGAGGACGCCACGGCAUCGCCGUCCACAUCUUCGUCUGCAACACCUCCAUGCUCGACAGAUGCCUUUACAAUUCAGACGGUGACUUCCUGAUUGUGCCCCAGCAAGGAAAACUGCUCAUCACGACCGAGUUUGGGAAGAUGCUAGUGGAGCCCAAUGAAAUCUGUGUUAUCCAGCAAGGAAUGCGUUUUACCGUGGAGGUGUUUGGAGAGACCAGAGGCUACAUCCUGGAGGUGUAUGGGGCACACUUUGAGCUGCCUGACCUGGGACCCAUUGGAGCCAACGGCCUGGCUAAUCCACGCGACUUCUUGGUGCCGGUGGCGUGGUAUGAGGACCGGCGAGUGCCAGGGGGCUACACGGUGAUCAGCAAGUACCAGGGCAAGCUCUUUGCAGCCCAGCAGGAUUUCUCCCCCUUCAACGUUGUAGCCUGGCAUGGGAACUACACACCGUACAAAUACAAUCUGGAAAACUUCAUGGUCAUUAAUUCUGUUGCUUUUGACCACGCGGAUCCUUCCAUCUUCACUGUCCUGACAGCCAAGUCGACCCGUCCUGGAGUGGCGAUCGCUGACUUUGUCAUAUUCCCCCCCCGAUGGGGGGUGGCCAACAACACGUUCCGACCACCAUACUACCACAGGAAUUGCAUGAGUGAGUUCAUGGGGCUCAUCAAAGGCCACUAUGAAGCAAAGGAGGAGGGCUUCCAGCCUGGAGGGGCCAGCUUGCACAGCAUGAUGACUCCUCACGGGCCGGAUGCUGACUGUUUUGAGAAGGCGAGCAAAGCCAAGCUGGAGCCUGAGAGGGUUGCAGAAGGGACUAUGGCCUUCAUGUUUGAAUCUUCCCUCAGCAUGGCUGUUACCAAAUGGGGCCUCAAGACCUCCAACCGCCUAGAUAAAAACUACUACAAGUGCUGGGAACCUCUGAAAAGCCAUUUCAACCCCAACCGCAAGUAA